CCUCCCUGCGCGGACCCGCUCUCCCCCGGCGCUGCCCGGGCCUCGCCCAGCAUUGACCCCGGGCGCCGGCAGCGGGGCGCGAUGGCCGCCCCCACCCUCGUCCCGGUCACUCGGCAGGUCAGCGGCCGGGCAGCGCUGGCCCCGGUCCCGAGCGGCCCUGAGCGCGGCCAGGCCCUGGCCACCGGCGUGGCCGAGCUGCCCGUGCUGGACGCCAGCGGGAGGCUGGUGCCGUUCGGCGAGCUGUUCCGGGAGCGCCGGGCCGUAGUGGUUUUCGUGCGGCAUUUCCUGUGUUAUAUCUGCAAGGAAUAUGUAGAAGAUCUGGCCAAAAUUCCCAAGAGCUUCUUACAGGAAGCAAAUGUCACCCUAAUAGUGAUUGGACAGUCAUCCUACCAUCACAUUGAGCCUUUCUGCAAACUGACUGGAUAUUCUCAUGAAAUCUAUGUUGACCCUGAAAGAGAAAUUUUUAAAAGAUUAGGAAUGAAAAGAGGUGAAGAAAUUGUUUCCUCAGGACAGAGCCCCCAUAUAAAAUCAAAUAUAUUUUCGGGGAGCAUUCAGAGCCUGUGGCGAGCAGUGACGGGCCCUCUUUUUGAUUUUCAAGGAGAUCCAGCUCAACAAGGUGGAACCCUCAUUUUAGGCCCAGGUAAUAACAUCCAUUUUAUACACCGUGAUAGGAAUAGGUUGGAUCACAAGCCCAUCAAUGCUGUUUUACAUCUUGUAGGAGUUCAGCACGUGGACUUUACAAACAGACCUCCGAUCAUCCAUGUGUGACACUAUAAAUUGUCAUUUUCGAGUGGAUCCUUGGCUAUGACCUGAAAUGUGGGAUUAUAUGAUUCUUGUGCUGUAUCUAACUUGGUGGCCCUUCUCAGGCUUUGAGGGGUUAUGAAAACAUAAAAGACCAUGUACCAGUUGAUAGCAUUUUGAAUACUGAAAAGCAUCAGUUAUCCAAAAUGGGAUAUAUAUUAAUAAUUUUAUAGCUUUUAAGGUCUUAUCAAAAAAUUAAACUGCACCUGGACCAUCUUGGUGGCCUUGGGGGUAAAUACUGCCAUCUUAGCCCACCGAGAUGGGCUGAGUUCAAUUACCGGCCAGGGAGCUGACUCACAUGACACAGCAGACCUCUCCUGUUUUUGCCCACUGCUCCCCUCAGCAUUGUA